AGUCAAGUAUUGCGAACAGAUCCUCCGAGCUACGAAAGCCAGCAGGAUGUCGUUUCAGAACCAGCGACAGAUAUCGCUCCUGCUCGUCCUGGCAGGUCUAGGUGUAGCCCUGUUACUCUACCGACUUGCAUCGGCUGGCCCGAAGACCUCCAGGCGAACACCCAUCUAUGAUGCGCCGGCAGAGGGAAACGCGCCCAGAGUAUAUCCUUAUGGAAAGCAUAUCUGGAACAAACGAGUUGUCGCUGUCGGAGAUCUUCAUGGAGAUCUCAAUAACGCUCAGACCGUCUUGCGCAUGGCUGGAAUCAUUGACAACCAAGUGCAAUGGAAGGCGGGAGAGACAACACUGGUUCAAACGGGAGACAUGGUAGAUAGAGGAACAGACACAAUAGCUCUCUACAGGAUGAUGCAGUCGCUACGUUCGCAAGCACCAGGACACGGCGGUAACGUCGUUUCUGUGCUGGGAAAUCACGAAAUCAUGAACGCCAUUGGGGACUGGCGGUAUGUAACGCCAGACGAUAUCAAGACUUUUGGAGGUUCGAGAGCGAGGCAAGAGGCUUUGUCAUCCGACGGAUGGCUAGGUAGGGAAUGGCUGGCCAAUUAUACGGUCACAGCCAGAGUCCCGUUGACACCCUACGACUCGCCUGAGCAUUACCUUGCCUUUUCGCACGGCUCACUCAAACCCAACUUGAGCCUGCUCGAGCCUUUCCCUACACGUCCGAACGCAAUCGGGCAUUCGCUUCUUUCUGCUGCAUUGACAAAACCGAUGCCGCUGCCAUAUCCACCAAAUUCGUAUCCCGGCAUGCCUCGAGGAACGGGCGAGGAGGAAAAGGUUCUUUACGGUGCAGACGGCCCGCUGUGGUGGAGAGGACUCGCUACGGAGGAGAACGAGAACAAGGUUUGCGCAUGGGCCAAGACGCUACAGCAAUCACUCGGGGUUAGGAGGAUCAUUGGAGGCCACACGCCGAACUUUGAUCAGAUCGUGAAUCGAUGCGAUUCUGAAGUCAUCAUCAUUGACACCGGCAUCUCAAAAGCCUAUGGAGGCGUUUUGUCCGCCCUCGAGAUCACGUACGACCUGUACGAAACGUCACAGACUUCCUUCGGCGGACAGGGUGCACAGGAUGUGCUCGUCGAGGUGAAAGUGAAGAGAAAGACAGAGUUUGUCGAGGUGGAGGUUGUGAGCGCUUUGUACCCCCGGGGCAAGGUCCAACUAGACCGCAGAGAAAACAUCGUGGCGUUUGACACGUCGAGACCUGCGAUCAUAUCUUAGUCCGAUUGUAAUCGCUACAUACCCUUUAUAUUGCACGUCCCGUCGGAGCGUUA